AUGGCCCGAGGGCGUCCCACAGACUCGCCCGGCGGCAACGAACCGGAGCGGCAAGAAGAUACAGGAGAGUCCGCCAGCUGUGUUCAUGCAGAAGCCACCAAACCGGGAGAAGGGUGGCUUAUAUAUAAUGGCGAAUACCGGUCGUUGAUCUGCGCCUUUCACGGCUAUGCGGUCUGCAGCCUCGAGGGUCACUUGAGGGACCGUCACCCAGACAUCGACCAUCGGGCCCGCAGCGAUAUCAUCCACCGCCAUAAGGGUCUACAGCUGCAAGGGCCGGCAUUGGAGCAGCUCGUCCAGCACGGUGCGUCAAACCCGACCCGGGCCGUCAAGGGUCUCGUCGUUCACCGGGGCUUCGCUUGCACCUGGCCGGGUUGCAGGCACCUCACGCCGAGCUGGAAGUGCCUGCGGGUUCACCUCAACGGCGAGCACAACAUAAAGGGAGCCAAGGCGCAGGCGGGCCUCUGGACCGGCGUCUAUCUGCAAACCUUCUUUACAGGUCCAAAGAGGGCGAUUUACUACUUCUGCGUAAGAAUCUCGACCAGCGGUAACGAUGAUGCUGUCUCGGCAGCAGGAGAUCCUCCGACGCCGGUCGGCAGGGGGAGAAGAGCGACGAUGGCAGACAGGCAGCAGACGCACCCGGAAGAUCAGACGAUGAUCGCCGACAUCACCCAAGGGUGGUCACUGCAGCAGGAGGAGCAGGAGAAGAUGCAGAAGGUCAUGGAGGAGGGGAUCCUGAGGCACGAGACGACGAACUGGCUGAAGAGGACCGGCUGGUCAGCCCACUUCGCCGGGAGGAAUCUGGUGGAUAUCCAAGCCUGCAGCAGGAUGCCCGGCUGUGACGACGACGAGCUGCGACGGAUGGCCACGGCUCUAGAUCGUCUAUUCUUCGACCGCUGCAUCGGCGGGUUAAAGAGCAUGCCCCUGAUGACCCGCCUGCUCCUGGCCAGCCCCCACCCUCACGAUGCCCACAGCCGACCGUUUGGGCCGCUGCAGGAGAAGACCAGCAUGGAUCGCUACCUGGUAUAUGUGAAGCGGUUCUUAUGCUAUUGCCUCAACGUGCUGUCGCUGGAGGAGGAUGCGCUGUUUGCCGAACACGGCUUUCGCUUCACGCCUGCACAGAGGGCCAGCCUCGAGCUGCUCUGGGCGCAUCUGCAGGACGAGGAACAGUCGGGCGAGGGGCUGCAGGAAGAGAUAUUGCAGAUUCUGGCGGACUUCUGGAUGCAGCGGCUCGACGGGGACCCUUUUGCGAGCCCGCUGUGGCACUUCGUCGGGGUGCUGGGAAUCGACGGCGAGACGGGGCAGCUCCGACCUGCCCACCUAUUCACCUACGUGCUUGCGGGACUCGUCUUCACGGGGCGGGCGCUGCUGGGAGAGUGGGCUAUACCCACCCGGGAGCGGGCCGGGAUGACGGACCUCGCGCAACGGUUCGCCCAGGUUCGAGACGCCUGGCUUUGCAAGGCGACAUACUCUCCCAUGGGCUAUACGCUCAGCUUGCUGUUAUACGGAAGGAAGAUCGCGCAGGAGACUGGUAGCCGGCUGAUGGUGUCCUGGAGCAAGGACGGCGAGAUGAUGUACUUCAUGGGCAAGCCGAUCCUGAUGGAGAAGAUUCGUCACAUGGUGGCUAGGAUGACGAAAGACGCCGAGGACCUGCUGUGGGGUCAGUUGAUGUUCAAGGAGGGCGACGACGAGCGUUUCAUCCUUCCUCUGGCCGGCAUUGAGGAUGACCUCACCCAUACAAGACGAGGCCGGUCCUUCAUCCAUACCAACGACCUCGCUGGCAAGGAGGUCGAGAUGCUCGAGGACCUCGUCAUGGGCUCGCGGAAGACAGAGUUCCUAGAUCGAGCGGGCGAGUGGAAGUGGGCGGGCAUCAGGAAGUACCUGAAGCUGGUGAAGAAGUUCGAGGAGUUUCUGCUGCUCCUCUCCCACAUCACCGGCGGCCAGCCCAGCCGAGGGGAAGAGAUCACGGGCCUGCGCCUGGUCAACGGCAUCAACAGGGACCGCAACGUCUUUGUCAUCGACGGCGAUGUUGUGCUCGUCACCCAGUACCACAAGUCUCUGGCCCACUUCGACUCGCCGAAGGUGAUCCCCCGCUUCCUGCCGGAGAGGAUCGGGCAGCUGCUCGUGAUGUACAUGGUCUACAUCCGACCGCUGACGGAUCGCUGGGAGGCGGACAGAUGGGAGCUAUAUGGCAAGAUGGCACCGCCGAGCGACUUCAUCUGGCAUAACGAGACGGGGCCAUGGGAGAGCAGUCGUAUGUCUGGGGCCAUGGGGAAGUGGACCUCCCACUAUAUCGGCCGCAGGAUCACGCUCCAAGACUGGCGCCACAUCGCCAUCGCCAUCAGCAAGAAGCACGCUCGCGACCGGGGGGCCGCUCGGGCAGACUUUGAGGACGGCGACGACGAUGACGAGUCGGAGCAGUACGAGGCGCCGGACGAUCUGGCUGCCUGUCACACCGGCCAGACAGCCGCCAACUACGGUGUCACGAUCGAUGUGCUGAAGCGCUUGACGGCCGAGUCUCUGGACAUAUUCGGGCAGGUGAGCCGUCGUUGGCACAAGUUCCUCGGCUGCGACGCGCAGCAGCAAUCGGCCUUGGAGCCGCCGCCGUCAACUUCGUCCUCGAAGCGCAAGGGUGCGGCCGAGUCUGGCGGCGAGGAGAAGAAGUGCCACCCUCCCCGGAAGCGGGCCAAGAUCGCCUCGCUCGAGAAGCUAAGGGCAGGUAUGACAGCAGCAGUGGGGGACAAGAAGAAGGACGACAUGAUCCUGCGGGCACUCCGGGCUGUCCUGCGUGAUGACGCUGCCCAGUUUCGGUCACCCCAGCAAGAAGAGGCCGUCAGGUUGGCCGCGGCGAAGCAGAGCCCGCUGGUUGCCGUGCUGCCAACGGGCGGCGGGAAGAGCUUGGUCUUCAUGGUCCCGGCUAUGCUGGCAGGUGCAGGCGUGACCAUCGUGGUGGCUCCGUUCGCCGAGUUGAAGAGGCAGCUAGUCACACGCUGCGUCGAUGCCGGCCUAGACUGCAAGUCCUGGCCCGAGGCGCGUGAAUCUUGGCCCAGGGUUACGCUGGUCUCGGCCGAGGCGGCUGUCACCGAUGACUUCCUGCAGUGGGCCGCUGAUCUGAGUGUCAGGGGAAGGCUGGACCGAGUGGUCAUUGACGAGUGCCAUCUGUCAUUCACUGCCGCCGAAACCUACCGCGCGAAGCUCCGGUGCCUCGUUCUCCUGCGGAGCUUGGGGUGUCCCUUCGUAUUCCUCACUGGGACCCUGCCGCCGCUCCGUCAACGCGACUUCGAAGAAGCCAUGCAGCUCCAGGCUCCGCUCUACAUACGGGCUUCGAGCCAUCGGCUGAACGUGCGGUACUCCGUCCUUCGCGUCCGUAACGGACGGGGCGUCAUGGAGCGCGAUGAUAGCGAUGCGCAGUUCCUUGCCCAGCGCGAGCAGGGCUUCCAGGCAUGGGUCAACGGCGAAACACCCUACAUCGUGGCUACCGCGGCUCUAGGCACGGGCCUUGAUGUUGCAGGCAUCGUCCAUGUCAUCCAUCUCGAGGCCCCAUUCAGCAUCAUCGACUACGCCCAGGAGGCGGGGCGGGGCGGGCGAGCUGGGGAGCCCGUCACCGCAGAGAUAGUCGUCGAGGAGAAGGACUGGCCGGUUGAGGACCAUAUCCGCGACAGCUACCUAGACUUGAGCACGCGCGAGGUACGCAGUCUGAUCCGGACACAAGGUUGCCGUCGCCGCCUCCUUGGCCAAUGCUUGGACGGUGACCUACGGGACUGUGGAGAUCUCGAUGCCGUCCGAUGCGAUAAUUGCCGCCGCGAUGAGCUGUUGUGGAAGAGUGAGCUAUCCUCGCAGGGUAUCAUAGCAUCACAUGCCCGCGGCAGGCGCGAUGCCCUCGCUCUAGAACGUUUCGAGGCCGCCUUGGAGGAGAUAGAGGAGCUUGGCAAGAUGGGCUGCCGCAUCUGCUGGAUGUUCGAUGGCGUCAAGGAGGCCGGGCACCAGUGGGGUACCUGUGGUGCCACAGCAGAGAAGGAUCUGUCCUUCUCCAGCUGCAUGAUCUUUCAGGGUCUGGUCAACUACAAGAAGGAUCCACAGGCACGUUUCUUGAGCUGCUUCUACUGUCACGUAUCGCAGGAGCUCUGUCGGGACGGUUACGAGACCAAAGGAGCAUCAUGUCGGUGGAAGCAUGCUGUAGUCCCUAUGGCGUUGGCCGCCGUGACGGAGGCAGAUAUAUGGUCGCAAGUCCAGGAGGCUGCCGGUCGAGACUUCAAAGGUCGGGAUGACUAUGCUGACUGGCUGGGCCGUAAGCAUAGCAAGUUGGUAUGCGGGCGAGAGAUGACCAAUGCUAUGGCCGUCUUUGAUCUAGUGCUCAAGUGGAGACAAACUCAAGAGCUUAGUUAA